AUGGCACAAGUUCAGUCUUUUUAUAUGUCUAAUAUAGAGAAAGAAUUAGUUUUUUUUGAUAAAAAGUUAUCUUAUAAUGAUUUGCAAGAAAAAGUAAAAUCAGCAACUUUCUUGGUUGAAGAUGAUGAAGGUAUUAUUGAAGAUGAAGAUAUUACUGAUGACCUUGAAGAAGACGCAAUUGAAUAUGAUUCAGAGAUUAUUGAAUAUUUUGAUAUUGAAAAUAUAGUAUUUCUAAGAGACGAAAUAUUUCAAGAUAGUGAAUCGGAUGCUGAUAGACAAAGUGAAUUUGAUUUUGAUCCUACAGAUUUAGCAGCAGAUUUUAUGAAAGAAUAG